AAACGUCCGAUAACCAUAUUUUUAGCCACUGACAACCAUUUAAUUCCUUUUUACCAGUAUUUCGCUGUUAUUUAUACAUUAUUGUAAAUAAAUACUUCAAAGAUGAAUACGGACAUGGCAAAAUGAUUUGAACAAAGCAGUUGAUAAGUAGAAAAAUAGACAUUACACAAGACUGGGAGUUCAGCUGUUACUAAUAUUGCCUUGGGAAGGGAAGAAAAAAAGAGAAAAAAAAAAAAGCAAUGGAAGAAGCCAGAAACAAGAAAACAAACCAAGACUAACGUCUUAUUCUUUGCAAAUUGUGUCAGAUAAUCGAUACACGGUGAAACAGAAAUUGUGUUAUUUUUUGCUUUCCUCUGUCUGCAUCACUCCAGCACAUUAUGUGGCAUCAAAAAAGAGGCUGCACCCUCAAUGCUUGUGAAUUUUUGUAACAUUAAAAGCCCUAGCACUACAUAUAUUUUAUCAGCAAAACUCGUCUUUAGUGGCCGCCAGUUUAAAAAUACAUAGUUUUACCACAAACUUCGCAUAAGUAAUCUCAAAAAGACCAUGCACUUAAUCUCAAAAAGACCAUGCUGAUUUUUUAAAUGACUUACCCUCAGUUACGAUAUAUUUAUCCCCUUCUUUGUUGCAAAAAUGUUUCUUAAUCUCCUCUUCCUGUAGAAUCAGUUCAUCCAAAUCAAUGAGGUUGAUAGAUUUGGCCAUGCUUUUGUGUAUUAAGGGUAACCACAAAAUGUUUAAAAGAGAUGUCACACUGCGCACCAGAUGUGAGGAGUCAAAUGAAUAUUGGCAAAUUUAGAGCACUCUGGUCCAACUCGCUGGUGAGUCUACCAAAACAGUCACAAAUUUGCCAGUACUUGUUAAAUCCCUCAUCUACUACUACUGCAGGUUGAAAAAAAAACAGUUGCUGUGCUAGUAAAAACUUCUAUGGAUUUUUGUUCAAAAUUUUCCUGAUAAUAUUAUUGUGAAAAGUUCAAGCAGUUUCCACUCUACUGAGCAUGCAAACAGUAAAAUAUUUUAAACUAAAUGAUAACAAAUGUUGUUACGUCUGUAAUCUGUUUUUUCUUUUUUGUGCAGUCUUUUAGAGGAUUUGAUGAUCCACUCGCUGAAUUUGAGACAACAUUCCAGGAAGUGGUAAAAAGAUUAAGGCAGAAGUUCAGCUCUUCAAGUUUAUCAUGUGAUGGCGGCCUUACAUUGGUUUCUUCUAAAAAUGAACUUCAUAACAAGUACAAAGUUCAAGUUCUAGCUUCUAAGGGGCUUCGGACAAGUUCUCCAGAUAAAGAAAUUGCAUCACUGGGACCCAGCAUCAAGUGUGUUAGUGACAUAAACAAGGCCGCCAUUAGGGAUCAGAUUCAGAUUGCCUUUACAACACCUCAGGAUUCAUAUGAUGCUUACAGAGUAUUUCAGAUGUUCAACUUUUAUACGCGGGAGGAACUUGAAGCUGUAUUCAAAGAGAUGCAAAAGAGGAAUCUGAUUACUAAAAAGAAAACUUUUGAGAGUUCUGGAAGCAGUCAGUUCACUAGAGCUCUACCAUUUGCAUCAAUGACAUAUCAGCUCAGCUCCACGUACCAUCGGUUAUUCAUGAAUGGUUUCAAACUGGUUACGUUCUACAGAGAUUGUGCUCAUUUCUGCAAACAGCUCAUCAAUGGAGAACAGCACACAUUCAUUGAUCCUAUGACCAGCAAAAGCCCAACUGAAGAAACGACAGAGGCAUUCACACCUGGCACCAUAGAGUUGAGACCCACACGUACCAUAGGUGGACAUGUGGCCUGUAUUCUAUCUCUGUUGGCAACAAACAAGCUUUCUGUUGAGGUAAACAUUCCCAAUGAGAUAUUAAACAUGGAUGUAUCAGAAAACACUGAACAACAGACAAAUCAAACAAUCGAGGUGAGUAAUAUGCCCACAAAGCAGUUGCAGGCUAUGGUAUUGUAUUGUUGAAAAUAUCACUUUAUGUUAAUAGACAGUGUACUUGUGAGGUUAAAAGGGAUUAGUUUUAUGGUCCAGCGCAUGAGCAAGCUAUGGAUUGAGUAUAAAGUAAAUUUGUCAUUUCCUUACAUACCCACAUGUAAUUCAGCCAUCAUUAAGACUUUAGUUUGAUCAUUUAAGUAGAAUGACAUGACUAAUGCCUGAAUUUCAAGGAAGAUGACAAUGAAUAAGCUUAAGGGAGUUUUUAUAGGAGGUUCAGUGUGCUUGACUCAGUAUGGAGCACUCUUGGGUUCAAGCCCAUAAAAAAAAAACAAAUUAAAACAAGAAACCAUAGAUGUUAUCAACUGAUAGCAUCUUUGCAGCAUGAAAUCUGUAGAAAAUUUGAGAGGAACACAUUGAACAUUAAAAUUAAUAAGAUAUUCUCUGUUGAAAAACUUGAAAAGUACAAUGUGGGUGGGAAGUUUGCCAUUCAUCCAUUCAAAAUUCAGUAAAUGUCAUAUCUUUUGAAUGCACCAAUAGACCCUUUGCACGAUCUCGUCACAUGGUACAAAAUUAGCCAUGCUGGGAUGCAAGUUACACAGUGGG